UUUAGGCGCAAUUUUAAAGACCAAAUUUGUAACGUUUUGUUUAUUUCGUGCUCUCGGCACGUGCAGUCCUCUUCAAUAAUGGGAGACAUUGGUGAAGCUUUGUUUGUCAGCACACUUAACAAUGAAAGAGCAUCUUGCUGCGUACAAGACUUGCGCACCGGAACCGAUCUGAUGCGUUACAAAGGCGGCGGCACAAUGCAGCCCAACAGCCUCCAAAUGCUUGAAGAACACUUUGUGAUUGCAGCCAACAGCACAAAGCCUUUGUUGCAUGUGUGGCCCAUCAAUGGGCAGGAGCAGGUGACCAGCAUACGUUAUGUAGUACCAGGCAAGGUGAAUGCAUUGGCCUUAACGCCAGACAGUGCCUAUCUGAUCGCUGCCAUACAGGAAACCAUCUACGUAUGGCACCUCAAUUCUGGUCGCCUGCUCAAUACGCUCUCCAAGCAUUAUCAGCCCAUUAAUUGCAUUCGCUUUACGGACAGCGGCGAGCAUUUUGCCACCGGCGGCAAGGAUGGUGCCGUGCUUGUGUGGAAUCUAACACGUGCUGUUGCUCCCUUCGGUAGCGGCGACAGCGAGGAGAAUGCUCCACUCUAUAAUUUCAAUGAUCAUGGAUUGGCGGUCACCGAUGUGCACAUUGGACUUGGUGGCAUUCGCGCCUUCAUGUACACUGUCUCCAUGGAUCGCUGCUGCAAGGUCUAUGAUCUGAGCGAUGGCACAAUGCUAUUGAGCGUCGUCUUCCCCGUCUCCCUGCACAGUGUGAUUGUCAACAGGCUUGAGACGAGCGUCUACGUGGGCACCAGUGAAGGUCAGGUGCUUGUUUUUCACAUGGAUAAAGUGCCUCGUAUGAAGGAAUACCAUCUAGAGGAGGAGGAAAGCCAGGCAUUUGUCGGCCACACAACUGGCACAGCUGUAACUUGCUUGGCUCUGGCUGUGAAUGGUCAACAGCUGAUCUCUGGUGGCGAGGACAAAAGGGUGUGCAUCUGGGAUGUGGCCAGCCGACAGCUGGUGAAGAGUAUAUUGCAGCCUGGCGCCAUUACCAAUUUAUAUUUGCGCCUCAUAAGCACGUCCCGAUUUCAUCCGGGUCCCAAGGAGCAAAAAUCGUUUGCCGACAAUCUGAAGCGUAUGAUCAGUCCCGAUGAUGAUGAUGAUUGCAUCGAGUUGCUUAUCACAGAAGAGUAUGCAAACGCACCAAGGUUCCCAGAGCCAAACUUUGACAACAGCUACGAUGGCAGCGCAGGGAUCUCUGUCAGCCUUCCAGAUGAUUACGAAGAUGUAACGAUGAGCGACCCAGAAAAUGAUUCAGCUGAUAUAGAUGACCAAACGUCAGAAACUGAUUCCAGUUCUUUCCAAGCGGAUGUCAAGAAAUUACGUGCGGCAAAUGCACGACUCAAACUGGAGGCGAAGCGCCUCAUGAACUUAAAUAUAGAUCAGAUUGUUAACAAUGUCCAAGGUGCCAAAUCGUCAAAGAAAAACAAAAAACUUCGCAAGAAAUAAAUUCAUAAGAUUUCAAUUAACAAUUGUUUUUUU